CCCGUGACCGAUAAAGUUGACGAUGCUACUGGCGGUGUCACCGAGAAGGUUGGUGACACCGCUGGUGAUGCUACCGAUAAGGUUGGCGAGACUACUGACGAUGCCACCGAUAAGGUCGGCGAGACUGCUGACGAUGCCACCGAUAAGGUCGGCGAGACAGCUGAGGACGCGAAGGACACCGUCGAUGAGACCACCGCAGGUGCCAAGGAUACCACUGAGGAAGGUGUCGAGGGUGCUAAGGAUACCACGGACGAGACUACCGAAGGCGCUAAGGGAGAACUGCCAGAAGGCGCUGAGGAGGGUGUCGAUGGUGCUAAGGAUAUCACUGACGAGACCACCGAAGGCGUUAAGGGAGAACUUCCAGAAGGUGCCGAGGAGGGUGUCGAGGGUGCUAAGGACGUAACCGAAGAGGGUGUUGAGGGUGUCAAGGACACCGCAGAGGAAGAUGUUGAAGGAGUCACGGAAGGUCUUCCUGAGGGUACCGAGGGAGUCGAGAAGGAACUCCCUGAGGGUGCGGAAGAGGGCGUUGAAGACGUUAAUGAUACUGCCGAGGGCAUUGAAGACGAAGCUGGUGAGGCUGUCGAGGGCGCUCAGGAGGAAACCGACUCCAAGGUUGGCGAUCUUGAAGCGCCUAUUGAGAUCCCUGAGUUCGCCCCCUCUGUGGCCCAGAAGGUCGUUGCCAUGUUCGAAGGUCCCUUCAGAGUCUCCGAGGAUGGUCAAGUCCAGGAUCAAAACGGCAAGAUUCUGGGCAAGCUCGCCGAUGAUACUGACCUCCAGAACCUUAUUGGCAAGGACAUCAAGGGCAUCGACGAGAACGGUAACCUGCUCGGUGAUAAUGAGACUGUUCUUGGCAAGGUCGAUCUUGUCCCUGAGGGCCAAGAACAAGCUUCCCAACAUUUCCAUUCUUGAGGGCUUGACCAUCAACAAGGUCGGUAACGUUGUCAACGAGAAGGGCAACGUUCUCGGUCGUGUUGUGGAGGGUUCUGACCUGAAGAAGUUGGUUGGCAAGCAACCUGAUGCUGAAGGCAAGGUCUGGGAUAACAAGGGCAACGUCAUUGGCGAGGUUGAGGUUUUACCCGAGGCUGAUGUGAGCGAGGAUGCUCCCUUCCAAGACUUCCCAGACGCCAUUGUCGACAAGGGCGGAAUUGUUGUUUAUGAGGGCCGUCAAGUUGGUGUUGUUAUCGAAGGUGACCAUGAGAAGUUAAUCGGGAAGAAGGUUGAUUCUGAUGGAGACAUUCUCGACAAGAACGGCAACGUUGUCGGCAAGGCUGAGCGCAAGGAAGCUGAAGAGGCUGAGCCUGAAGCUGAGCCCGAACAGGUUGAUUAUUCUGUCCUCAAAGACAAGAAGGUUAAUAAGCUCGGUAAUGUUGUCGAUGACAAGGGUACCAUCUGGGGUCGUGUUGUCUCCGGUAUCCUGCAGCACCUCAUCGGCAAGAAAGUUGGCUCGACCACUGGCGAGAUUUUCAACGAUGCUGGCAAAGUUAUCGGAAAGGCUGAGCCCGUUCCCGAUGAGGAGCGCGAGGAAGCGAAGGAACCCUCACCUUUCGAGGACUUUCCCAACGCUACAGUCGGUGAUGCUGGCAAGGUCCUUUACAACGGUGAACAGGUCGGUGUUGUCGUCGAGGGCGACCACAAAAAGCUCAAGGGCAAGACUGUGGAUCCCGACGGUGAUAUCCUAGACAAGAACGGCAACACGCUCGGCCAUGCUGAGCGCUGGGAGCCUGAGGAAGAGGAGCCCGAGGCUGAGAUUGACAACUCUGCCCUUGCUGGCAAGCGUAUCAACAAGGCCGGCAAUGCUGUCGACAGCCGUGGUGAGAUCUUCGGUCGUGUCAAGGAGGGAGAUCUUGCUCGCCUCAUUGGCAAGAUGUGUGACAAGCACGGUUUCAUCCGCAACGAGGGCGGUGAUGUUAUCGGCAAGGCCGAACUCAUCCCCGAAGCCGAGCGUGAGGGUCUCAAGGAGGGACCUUUCACUGAGCUAUCUGGCUGCACUGUCAACAAGGAGGGUCACGUUGUCACCCCUGGCGGUGAUAUUGUUGGUCGUCUCACUACGGGCGACGCUAAGACUCUCGCCGGUCGUGCUGUUGAUGAUGAUGGUGAUAUCCUCGACAAGAAUGGCAAUGUCCUGGGCCAUGCCGAGCGCUGGGAGCCUGAGGAGAAGGUUAAGGAUGUCAGCCCCUUAUCUGGCCGCAAGGUCAACAAAGAGGGCAACGUUGUUGAUGAGAAUGGCGAUCUCAUCGGUAAGCUGACAAGCGGCGACUUGAGCUUGUGCGCUGGCAAGAAAGUUGACGAUGACGGUGACGUUAUCGACCAGAAGGGUACUACCAUUGGCCACGUCUCCCUGUUGGAAGACAUUGUCGAGCCGGAGAAGAAGGAUCCCAAGGACAUCAGCCCUAUGUCUGGCCGUAAGGUCAAUAAGGAAGGUAAUGUCGUUGAUGAGAACGGCGAUAUCCUCGGCAAGCUCACUAGCGGUGACUUGAAUCUGUGCACCGGCAAGAAGAUCGACGACGACGGUGAUGUUAUCACUUCUCAGGGCGGUAUUGUUGGCCAUUGCACCUUGAUCAGUGACAUCCCUGAGCCCGAGCCUGAGCCUGAACAGGAGACUGAGGAGCAGAGGAAGGAGCGCGAGAAGCUUGAGAAAGAUCGUGAGAUCGCUGGACGCAUUUCUGCUUGCAUCCAACAGUCGCUCGACAGAAUCCGCCCCAUCUGCAAACAGAUUACUGAUCAUAUUGAUCGUGCUGAGCGCACAGAUGAAGCGGAGCGGGACGAGGAACAACUUGUUCGAACCGUCAAACCCCUGAUCGAGGAAGGUGGUAAGAUCCUUACCGAGGCCAACGGUGUCAUUCGUGGUCUUGAUCCCGAUGGUCGCAUUUCCGAGACUGCCAAAGGAAAGGCUGCUUCCCGUGAGGCUACUCCCGAGGAGUACCAUCUCGCCGAGCUACUCAAGGAGCUCACUGGUACCGUCACUGAGACCAUUGAGAACGGCAAGCGCAGACUCGAAGAUAUGAAGUACGCCAAGAAGCAGAUCAACCCUCUCUGGGGUCUUCUCUCGGAGCCCUUGGCUCAGAUUAUUGCUGCCGUUGGACUUUUGCUCAGCGGAGUUUUGGGCUUGGUAGGCAAGCUUCUCAAUGGUCUUGGACUUGGUGGCAUCCUCAACGGCCUCCUCGGUGGUCUCGGUAUCACCAAGGUUCUCGAUGGUUUAGGCCUAGGCAGUAUUGUCGGUUCUGUCACUGGGCAGGACAAGAAGAAGGGUGGCAAGAGCGGUGGUGGCGGCCUUCUCGGAGGAAUCUUGUAAGCGCUUGAAGCGGUCACUGUUAAUGGCAUCCUAAUGUGGUAAUUGGGCUCGAGGCAUGAGAUUU